AAACUUUCUCACUUUUGAAAGUUUCGUAUGAUCCACUUCAGUCUAGUGACGACUUGGUUGAAUUCUGGCGCCAAACCAAACAAAAUAGAUUUUCCAGUUUCUCUCUGAUGCCUGAAUUCAUGAUACCAUAAAAUGCUGGGAUCUUGUGUAGUUGAUACCCCUAAUGGCAGUUUAGACUGUCAUAAGGAGGUGAAUAGUUCAAAGAAGACUAUUGCAGAUUUCUUUGGUAAAUCCUCUCAGAAUAGUUCCAGUGCAAUUAAGAAACCCACAAAUUUACUGAGUUAUUUUACUAAAGACCCUCAUUCACGUGUGUCUAAUGGAAAAACAGAGACAUCAGUGGGAUCAUCAGUCUUGGAAAAACUUACACAAGUACCUGUUAAGAACGAUACAGUGAAAAAGAAACUUUUGGAAAAGAAUUUAACUGUUAGUCCAACGGAUAAAAGUAGUUCUAUGGAUAAGAAUAGUCCUGAGGCCAGUUCUAUGGAUAAGAAUAGUCCUGAGGCCAGUUCUUUGGAUAAAAGUAGUUCUAAUGCCAGUUCUUUAGAUAAAAAACGGAAACGUGCUAGUAAAGUACUGAGUGGAGAUGAUUUUGUUGAGAUCACUCAACCAAAACGUUUUAAAUCUACAGACAGUAUUUCAUAUGAAGAAUCAAAGACAGCCAUAUCUCUACCUUCAAAAGAGCCUUUUUUAGAGAAAAUGCCUGAAAAUAUUUCUAAUACAGAAUCAAAAACAUCUGACCAAAAUAUUGAUCUUUCCAAUGAUGAUGAUGAUUUUAUUUCAAAAACAGAUGCUACUAGCACUUCUAAAAAAGUUGUUUUGUGUGAAAAUGACCAGGAAUUACCUAAAAGGAAAUACACAAAGAAAAAUUCCAAAAAUUGUAUAAAUUCUAAUAUGUUGAACAAACAGUCAAAAUUGAAAUCAUCAAAGACCCAACAAGUUAAUGUUGGUAAAAGUAAUUCAUUAAAUAUGUAUUAUUGUGAAAAAGAUAAAAAGAAACUUUCUGAUAAAAGUGAAAGAGAAAAAACAGAUUCUUUUAAUUCUAGUGAUCCUCCUCAAAAUUCGAAAGAAAUUUCUGCGAGUAAUUCCUGCAACAGCAGCAUUGUCAACAGUGAAUUAGGUCCAUCUAGUCCGACAUAUUUAAAUACAAAGUCAGAUUUAGAUGAAAGUUGUCAGUCACUGAAAGUUCAAACUUGUGAAAACGAUGACCAAGACGCUAUGGAACUCUCAUAUGAAGAAUUUUUACUUUCUCAGACUGUUGGUGAUGAACAAUCUGUAAAUAUGGAAUUUGCCAAAAUGAGUCCAGAAAAAGCACUUCCUUCUAAAUGUGAUCCUAUUCCUAUGUUUGUUGACUCAGGAAAGACGGAUUUAUGUAAUUCUCAGCAAGUUACUGUUGUGGCUGACAUACACCCGGAACCAUCUUUAAGCUUACCAGCUACAUCUAAUACUGCAGAUAAUUCCAGUAAAUCUGCAGAAGCCAUUUUGAAAAGUGUCUCUUCAGAAGUCAUUAAAUCUAAAAACCAAGAUGUUAAUGACAUAGUUGUCUUGGAUACAGAAGUGUUAAAUAAAGCCGAUGAGAUUCCUGUUGUUGAUGAUGAUGGUGAUGAUGUUUCACAUAAAGAGCAAGAGAAACAAACUAAAUCAACACUUGAUGUAACCACGAAAAAGGUCAUUCCUAGCCAUAAGUUCAAGCCUGUCUCAAAAGCUAAGAACCAAAAGUCUGCAGUAAUAUCCAAUUCCAUUGGUGUAAAAUGUUCGCAGUCAACACUGAAUUUUGAACAAGGUAACUUAGAUCUUAACUCCAAUUCUGUUUCAACUGUUUCUGUUGGGAAUACUAAAGGAACUCUGAAAACACUUUCAAAGCAAUCAAAGAUUGGUGCCAAGAUUAUUGUGCGACAGCAAAACAGGGGUAUUCACAGAAAGACCCAAUCAAGAAACAUAGUGAAGUGCAAGGAUAAAAAGUCUGUAAAUAGUGCCAAACAGAAUAGAAACCAUAAGAUGUCAGCUGUGUCAGACCAGUCGAAGAAAAUGAAACCCAAAAUCAGCAACAAGAAAAUGAAUAGGAAGAAACCUGUGAAAAUUUCAACAAAGCAUUCUGUGCGAAAGGGUGUGAAGAAAUCAAAAGCAUCUCCAUCUGAAGAUAGGACAGUGGAAGCUGAAGUGUCUGAAGUGAAGAGUGGUUCUACAGCAUCAGCAGAUGGCAACAGAAAAGAGAGCCUGAAUCUGUCGAAGAAAUCUGUGAAGUCAAAGCCUGAUAGCAUUAGUAAAGUAGGGUUAGAAGAAAUAUCUUCACCAUCAACUCGUAAGAGUUUAAGAUUACAAGAAAAGAAAGCACUGCCAACAUCAUGUGAUGAUCUUGCGAUACAGGAUGAAGUUGUAGCCCCUAAAGAGAAGGAGAGUAAAGUGAAACCCAAGACAACUUUGGGUACAAAAGACAAGAGUUUAAAUAAUGAAAAAACUUGUCAAGAAGGUGGAAAACUUGCUCCGAUCUUCAUGAAAAAAACAACCAGCAACAAGAAAAACGGUAAAAAAUCUAAAGAAUUGGAAACAGAAGAGGACAGGAUGCGGCGUGCCUUUCUGAUGAGUGGCCUGCCAGAGGAAGCUAAACGGCAACAACAAACCAUCAACAACAUUGUGAAUGUAGAUAGUUGUGACCAUGCUCCGUUCCCCAGUGAAAAUCAUGUCCAGCAAAUUGAACCAACAGCUGAAAUUAACCAUUGGGAUUUACCAGAAGUAAAUUUACCAUUAAUUAAAUUAGCACCAGCAGGGAAGCAGUCCAUUAAGCCACCACCAUGGAAUGGAUCUUUUAGUGUCAACACUGAAGCACAUACACCGAAUCCAAGAGUGGAUCAUCUGAAGAAAUUCUCUGGUCACAGUCUCCUCUCAGCAUCUAAAAUUAAGAUGAUUCUUCAAGAAAUUUAUGCUGCUAAUCCCUCUUAUCCUGCACAACAUUUCUAUGAUAUGGCAUUAAAAAGAAACAGAGUUGCUGAGAAGAAUGAGAAAAUCUCAGCAAAGUCAGAAACUGGCAAAGAAACUGUGAAUACUGAAGAAGCUGAUGGUGUCACCGAAAAUCAAAAGGGUAAGAGGAAAAGCAAGCGCAGCUUAAGUCGUCGGAAGUCAAACAAGAAAGAUGUGGAUGCUGAUCUGAAAGCUGAUUGUCAGAAACCAGAGAUAAACGAUGCCAAUUCUGAAGAGAAAGUCUGUGAUAUUCUGUGGACUGAAAAAUACCAACCACUUCAUUCCUCUGAAAUAAUCUGCAACAGCAGCAAUGUGAAGAAACUGAAAUCUUGGCUCUUGGACUGGAAACAACGGACUGAUCGAGAGGCGAGGAAAUUAAAGAAGUUGUUGAUGAAACAGAAGAAAUCUAAGAAGAACAAAGAGGAGGACAGUAACUCUAUGUUGUCAUGGAAUGAUGAUGACAGUGAUUUUGCUUUAUCGCCAAGCGAAAGCGAAGAUGAUUCUCUGUGUAACACAAAACUUCUGACUGGUCCUCAAGGAAUUGGGAAAACAGCUUCAGUUUAUGCUUUAGCCAUGGAACUUGGUUAUCAGGUCUUUGAAGUGAAUGCUUCGUCAGUUCGCAGUGGGAAGAAAAUCUUAACCCGAUUACAAGAGGCCACGCAAUCUCAUCAAGUCAGUAAAGACAAAUCCGACUCGACUAUCCUUUCUCAACCUUCAACAGAUGUCCCAAAUGCACCUCUGAAGAAUCUUGAUGCUCCAUCAUUUUCUACCUUCUUCAAGAUGAAUGUAGGUAAUACAGCAUCUGAUAAGAGUUCUAAAAGUGAGAAGAAAUUAGUUGGCGCCAGUUUGGCUGGGAAGUUACCAAAUAAUAAAAGAAAGAAGAACGAGAAAGCUGUUUUGCCUGUCAAAAAUACAAUACCUCGUUGUGUUAUCCGAAAAUCCUCUGAGACUGGUUCUUGGAAGAAAAUCGACGUUGUUGACACCAACGUAAGCAACUCCCUCAGUUCUUCUGAUAAGGUUUCCAAUCGACUCAACAUUGCCAGUACAUCUCUCAUUCUGUUUGAUGAAGUUGAUAUUGUAUUUGAGGAAGACAAAGGGUUUUGGACAGCCAUUCUUCAGUUUAUGUCUUCUACCAAAAGACCCAUUAUUUUGACUUCUACGUCGGCAGACUUCAGCGAACAAUUUACCGGGUCCUGUGAGCCACUACACUUUCACACGCCAUCUAGAAAAACCUUAACAAGUCAUUUGCAGACGUUGUGUUUGGCUGAAAAUGUUGUGACCAAAGCUUCUGAAAUAUCCGACCUAGUGACAUAUUACAACGGAGAUGUCAGAUCCUGCCUGUUAGCUCUCCAGUUCUGGGUAAACUCGGGUGCUUCUGGCUUUCCAGUCAAUAUACCUCUAUCACAUGUCAGUUGCAGCAACCCUUCUUCACUUACUGACAACAGCAGCGAGCCCAAGUCUGAUGCCGUUCACACUGAAAAUUCCAAGGAAGUUGCGGAUAAACAGCUGGAAUUAAAGGACAAUGAUGAUGUUUCCAAAGAAGAAUUUGCUGCCCAUUUACAUUUCUUGGAGAGUUAUUUGGCUCUAGAUCCAGUUCAGUUGCAGUUGUUGCACCUUGAAAAUAAAACAUCAAAGACUCCCAUUGAUGUAAACCAGCUGGAUAACUUAACUCAGGCGUGCCAACAUUGUUAUUCACAGAAUUUUUAUUUAUGCCGUCAACUAUUUCUUUCUCUACUUUCCUUAUCUCAAACAAAAUUACCUCCAUUCAACCUCAGCUUACAUGCCUUAAAAAAGGUUACAAAAUCCGAUGUGCCAGAGGCCACACAAAGGUUAAAAAGUGAUUUAUAUGACAGCGAAACAUCCUGUGAUGAUGUCAUCUGUCCAACUGUUAAAGAACAGAGUUGUAGAACAGACAGAAAUGACAUUAAACCACUUGGAAACUCUUCUGAAGAACGUAUCAUUGUUAAUAAUUCCAUGGAAGAUAAUGAUUUAGAACUUCAUCAGCAAACUUCUCCCCUUGAUGAGAACACAACACUUCCAUCACAGGAAAGUUCUGAUUGGAAAACUCUUGGAGGUAUUACCAAAUUCUAUGACCGUUGCUCCGACAUAGAUAUAUUUUUAACUUCUUGUUCACCAGAUCCUUCUGUCAAUUCUAAUACUCUGAGAUCUGUUAAUUGCCACAGUUCACUUUCUCCAGGAUUAUGGGAUGAAUUUCCAAUCCUAAGCAAUGAGCUUCGCCACUCUCAGACAUUUACAGAACACACAGCUGAUAUCGCUGCCCAUAUGGAAGUGAGGUCAUACUUGAAAUGUCGGCAAGAUGUGGCUUCCUCCACCUGCACUGCUGAUUUGAAACAGCUGCAGCAAAAUACAUCAAUGUCUACUUCUCAACACCACUCAGAGUUUGUCGAACCACCACAGCAACAAGACCGGAGUGUUUCUUUAGCUCGGCAGAAAGCUGUAGAAAAUGUCAUCCACAGUCUUCCAAUGAACCAAUCUCUAAAUUCCAACCUGAUCUUUUUGGAUUAUUUUCCUGUACUUCGAAACAUCUGUCGUACAGAGAAGCAUCGACAAUUGGCUAAAGUGAAACGAAGAUUCUUUCAUUAUUUUGACAAUAUCAAUUUACAAUUGAAGGAAUCAACACUGAAUAUUUUAUCAUCUGACUUUACGUGAUAGGAACCAUAUAUUGUUGUUUUCAAAUUCUUGCUCUUCUAUCUCUGGAAUGGAUCACAGAGCAGAAGCUGCUGGAAUCACUCCAUAUAAUUACUGUAUCAUAUUUUAAUGAUAAAUUACUCUUCAUGUUUGAUCAUU